CAGAGAAAGGAAACCAAAUGGACCUCAGAAGCCAUUAUAUGGCCCUAAGGCUUUAAAUGAGUGAAGAUCUCCCCGUGCCAACAUGCCUCUCGCAAAAGAUCUCCUGCACCCCUCUCCCAAGGAGGAGAAGCGGAAACACAAGAAGCAUCUAGUGCAGAGUCUGAACUCGUAUUUCAUAGAUGUAAAAUGCCCGGGCUGCUAUAAAAUCACCACUGUCUUCAGCCAUGCACAAAUGGUGGUUCUCUGUGUUGGAUGCUCCACUGUACUUUGUCAGCCUACAGGAGGAAAGGCAAGACUUACAGAAGGAUGCUCCUUCGGAAGGAAGCAGCACUAA